AUGACUUCUUUUAGAUUUAAGCAGGUCAAGCUGAAACUUGUAAUCAAGGUCGAUUUUGAAGCAACAAAUUUGUUUAUUCACCAUUCUUCGUCGUUCUCAAUCAAUUGUUUUUUAAUCAAAGCUUUAAAACAAAAGCUACCUAACCGUACUAUUUAUUGUCACGUCCUACAAUUAUUCAAAGCUAGUCAAGCGAUGUACAAUGAAAUGGCUUGCAUCUGCAAGAUACUUUAA